AUGUUCAUCAAACCACUGUCAGGUAUUGCGCUGCUUCUGCAUGCUGCAGCACUUACCUCCGCGGAAUUUAUUGUCAAAAUUGGAUAUUUUGGGGGUCUUGUUCCAGGCCUUCCUAGCACCGAACCUGGUGUUGGAUGUGGGCUUUAUAUGACAGGAAUCGCCGAGGGGCAGGCACUUUCGGUCGACUUUCUUCCGGACCAUCAACCCACGGAUGACUGCCCUGCGGCUGAUUUGGUACUCUUUUGUUCGAGAUGGGGAUGUCCGUUUGAGACAACAUUUGAACAUCUUGUCGAGGUCACUGUCUUAUCGGACGAUUCCAGCGACAAAUCGAUUACCGUGACAGGGCUUGCUCUUAGUGGUAGGAGUGCCACGGUUAAGUGCCCAUGGACACCAGUGACUAUCGGUAGCCAAGGAGGCCUCGGUCUAUACCAGGAGUGGGUAUGCGACCUGAGUGCGACCCAAGGAUGA